AUUUUCGUGGUCCUAUUUGGGGAAUUAUCUGGUCCACAUAUGCGCGAGCGCGAGCGCCAGAAGGGUGGGUUUCAUGCUUUCGUCGACUUAUUCGGGCUCUGCUUCAACUGCUUUCGCGAGGGUCAUCGACGGGAGGAUUGUUGGUUCCCUCCGCUCUGCAUCCGGUGUGGUCUGGAGGGUCACAUCUCCACGGAUUGCAAGCGGCCUAGGAGCCCCAGGUCACAGGAGGAUCUCCGGCGUGAUGCGGUGGUCAAGGUAGCGCGAGUGUUGCAAUUGUCGAUGCAGGCCGGACCUGCGAACUGGCUGUCACCGGUGACUAGACAGGCCGCUCCCUUGGAGAGGCCCUCGUCAGUCCCGGUUGACACCGCACCUGUGGGGUCUGGGCAGGCAUCGACUGUCGCUGCCGCUACCGGGUGUAUUUGCGUGCUCCGCCGGACGCCGGAGAUAGAGGAUCUCGAGCAACGCCUGAGGCUGGCGGUGGUGGCCUAUGUGGGAGGCACACGGCCAGCGGUGUCAUGCCAGAAGGCAGCAGAAGCCUUGUCGGAGGAGCUGCACAUACCCCGCCAUCGUUUCUCCGUCCACAAGUACCACCCGGAGGAUUUCUUGGUUGUUUUUGCGGCGCCGGAGUUGCGCAACAGAGCUUUGGCGACGGGCACCGUCGAGCACGGGUUCUUCAAGUUGUUCGUCAAACCGUGGCUCAAGCAAGCUCUUGUUGUUACGAGAGUAAUGCGCACUCAAGUGGACAUUAUGAUUGAGGGAAUCCCAUCUCACGCGUGGACGACCGAGACGGCGGCGGAGAUUCUUGGCUCGUCGUGUCUGGUGGAGAGCUUGGCGCCGGAGACAGAGAAUAGAGAGGACUUGUCCCUCUUCAAGCUUCGGGCAUGGUGCAUUGACCCGGACGAGGUCCCGGUGGCCAAGCGUAUCUGGGUGCCAGAGCCGGAGGUGUUUGAAGGUCCGGCGGCGCGGCGGGCUAAGUCGUGUGCCUUGCUGGAGUACAAGACAUUCAUUCACAUUGGGCGGGUGCGAGAUCAUGAGGGCCUGGAGCGCUGGUUGCGGCCGCCUAGUUCAGAUGGGAGCGGCCAAAGCAGGAUGUCGGACGAUUCUGAGGACUUCUCCGGUCGGGGCGAGUGGCGUGUGUUGCCAUGGACAAGGGGAGUUCGUGAUCACCGCGGCGGGGCGCCGGCAAGCGAAGUGCACGGUGGUUCCUAUCUGCACUCGCUGACGGGACGCAUUGGGCCGUCGGAAUGGAGGAUCCCGCCUAUGGCUCGUGGCACGGAGGCGACGGCGCGCGCGCCGGUGAUCACCACCGCGGCUCUGACGACGGGAGCGAGGCGGCAGGUCGAGGGUACGGCUGGGCACGUACCACCAGCAGCAGCGCAGAGGGAGGUUGCAGUUGUUCGCGCGCCACAUGCAACGAGGCUGGCCAUAGAAGAUCCGGGUUCAAGCCGUGGGGCCAGACCUACGCCAGAGGCUGCAAUGGCAGUUUUGGAGCAGCGACGCCCGAUUGGCUCGUUGAAACAGCCUUUGACCAAGGAGAGACCGGGGAUCGCGUGGCCAAUAAUGGAGGCAUGCAGCUGAUGACUGAUUUGGGGCCUACUACUGAUCCCGAGGGAACAAAUCUCUACUACUAAUAAACAAUCAAACAUUAUCUUUUCUACACGCACCCAACCAAACGUUUGUGGACACAUUACCACCACAGGAUUAAGCCCAGAUGACUCAAUUUAACAGUUGUUAUUAAUCUAAUCGCGAUCUGGUGUACGCUUAGCAAUUUACCUAGGCUGACCCUACUCCACCAAGCUGAAAAUCACCGCGUCCACAGCGCUCCUUCCAUCACGCGGAAAAAAAGAAACUGCCCGCCCUCAUAUAAUCACGGAACACAUCCCUGUGAUCACGCACCCUCCACGGUGAACGCACCAUUCCCACACCCUCGCUCCCACCGCCGCACCCCCAGGGAGCAGGAGCCACCGCGCCGCCGCCGUGCCCCCGGCCUCGUGUCCUGCCGCCGCUCCCGUGCCCUCCUCCCCUCGCGGCGCCCCUGCGCUCCCGUCCUUUGAUAGAUGCGAGCGCGGGCCGGUGCCGUCGCCACCGCUCCUCUUCUGAUGGAUGCAAGGGGGGGCAACUGCCGCCGCCCUGUCAUGCUUCUUGGCCCUGCCACGCCGCGCGCUGGUGCCUCCGUUCCGCGCCCCGGUGCAUGUUCUCCUUGUCAUGCUUAGGAUGGCUUUGCAGAGAAUUACCUCUCUGAAUCCUCGAUUUAAAAGGUAUACACUUCUUUGAUCUAAACUCGGUUGUGUAUAAGCUCGGGAACGGCCAAUUUUAUCUUUCUCUAAUUUGAUAAUAUGAACAUAUAAUGUGUAUGUAGAUCUGUCAAAGAUUGUGCUUGGCGACUUGUUUCUGCCUUUAAUAGAUUGACACGUGCAAAUAGUUGAUUCUUGUAGAUGGAUUGAUCUUUGAAACUAAGUGGAUGGAGAAAAUUACUUCCUUUCUCAAAGAAUAAGAAAAAUGACUUCAGUUUAGCACUGAGUUAAGGUCCAAUUAUGCUAGCCUAGCCAUGAGGAUGAGGGAGUCUGAGAUGGCUGAACACCUGAGCCAUGGAGAAGCUCCACUGUUCUGUACAUGUGACAUAUUUCAAGAAUAUUGUGGUUUGAUGUACAUAUUUCAUUAGGUAUCAGUCGCUUGCUUCUUUAUUUUAGGUUCAGGUUGAGUCAAUAUUGGUUGAUCUUUGCUUCUUAUUUAACUGAAAUUAUUUUCAGUUGCAAUUGCAGAUUCCAGUGCCCUUUACCUGCAUAGCUUAUGUUGAGUUUGAAGCCAUUUUGCUAUUCAAUUGCCAAAUUACGUGCAGUUGUCGAAACAAUUGCAGCAUGAUCAAGGUUUCAUGGUGAAGCAAAUGUGAAUUCCUGGUUCUCCUAUCAUUUUCUUUUUACUGGAAACUGUGGGGAUGAUAGUUCCUACUUUGAGCUGAUGCAUCUUACAAUCCCAAAAGAACUCUUUUUGUGGAAGUCAUUAACCUUGCAUCUUAAACCAUCUUUAUUGUCUCAUUGACUCAUUCUGCGCGAAUCAAGAAUGAGGUGACAUAGUUUAUAGUGCAGUGCUGUACAAGCCAAGCAGCUGCUUGUUGCUCUUGUGCUCCAAUCUAGAAUGAGGUUAUCAUAAGAAACUAUUGAUGGCGAUGCACUGUUGUUAAGAAAUGGGUCAUGUUUGUACUCUGAAGCAUAUCAUACCACAGCAGAGCUACAACAUGUGAGAAUAAUGUCAUUUUUUUACAGAUUCAUAAGAAAAGCUACAAUACGGGAGUGGGGUCAUCUAUAGGUUUGUCAUACCCAGCAGAGCUACAACGUGUGAGAGUAAUGCAAUUUUUUUGACAGAUUCAGAAGAAGAGAUUCAGAAGAAGAGGUACAGUACGGGGGUGGGAUCAUCUACAGGUUUGCAAAGAGUGAAAUCAAUUGAUUUUUUCUCAACAUACAUGUUUUCAACUAAUUUUCGUUAACCUCGUGGCUGGACAAUGCCGUGACACCCACAGGCCGGGCUCGCGAAGGCACGUUUCUGGCCACCUAGCGUGGAUGGCGGCGGGACUCGAAUGAACGUUGCUGUCAAUCAUCAGGGUCCACGACGAGGCAUAUCGUUCCAUCCGUCCUCCUUCAUGUUCAUACUUACAUUCUUUUUGUUUUUAUGUAUGUCACACUAAUCAUGUAACCUAUGUUAUGGUCAUGUGGUAUCUUAGUUCUCAAAAUUUGGAGCUGCUCCAAAUAAACCUGACGUAAAAACAGAAAUAUAAUACAUAUUUAGGAAUUACAUUAAAGUGCAUACACAUUGUGGAUGAAGAAUCCCUCAUAUUUAUAUCUGAAUAUUUUACUUGUUCCAAGCGGUUAAGCUGCGAAAAAUGAAUUGCUUGUCUCAACAUGAAGUGGAACCAAGGGCAGUUCUACCUAGGCUGAGGCAGUAUGGUUUCCUCCUCCUCAUGUGCAUGGUCUACGCUUACUCUCGUAACAACGACAAGGAGGAAAAGGUUCGCUUGAUUUUGACUUAUGAUGUUCAGUAACGGGGACCAGAUAACUCUGCGAUAUUUGCCAAGCCGUGAAAAUUCAUAAAUGUAAAAGAACACAAGGUCUUCCCCCCCCCCUAAACUCACUUUGUUGUGUCCAGAUGCAGAAAUCAAUGAAUGCAAAGUUAUUCCCCUAAUUUGUCAGCUAUGGUCAUGAUUUACUUGAUUGCUCAUAGCCCCCACAUGUCUUACUGCCCAUUUUGUUCCUCACAAACAUUCUUUUUUAAUCCAGAUUCUUUGUUUCAGUGAUAGUUAAGUGAUUUGUCAAUUUGUAGGCUGAACUUGUUGAUGUGCCGAAACACUUGUAUUUCUUUCAUUGGUUCAUCCAUGCCUUGUUGACUCUCCUUUUAUCUCCCUUUGUUUAAUCCCAAACUUGUUGUUUUACGCUUUGUAAUGCAGGUUUCACUAGACAUGCUCAGUUCUUAUGGUGUGAAGCUUGCCUUUUCUUUUAUCUGGUCGGUUUUUGUUCCUGCUAGGUUGCUCAAUUUCUUUGUUUCUAUACUAGAGCAUGGCGCUGAUUCGAAAGCUCCCUGACGUUGCUGCAUAUCUGAAUACAUAAAAACAAUGGGAAUAUUGAUAAGGAUGUAACUCAACUGAAGUUUAAAUUGAUUGUUGGUUGUUA